AUGGUGGACUAUGAAUGGGGGAAUCCAUUAACGAUCAUGCUCUCAGGCGAAGAAACGGCCCAAGAUUCUAACCAAAACCGACAGAUGUUUGACCCAUAUGCCACUCAUAACUUCACGGAAGCCAACACUUUUGUUAACCCUAAUGAUUUCGCCACCGUCACUUCUCACAACCACCACCACUACCAUAACCACCACCCGUUUCACCACCCAAAUACUGACACCCAUUUGACUAAUUUCUAUGACCCACGCUCUUAUGGCGCUUCUGGGUCAUCGUAUGCGAAUCCUCAUGCACCACAGGCCUCAUUGCUCACUCUUGAACCAAGUGGUCCAACUGGGUUUAUGAUGGUUCCCAAGAGUGAGCCGGUUGUUGGUGGGUUCGAGUUUAACUCCAGCAACAGUAGGAUUGGGCUUAAUUUAGGUGGGAGGACUUAUUUUUCUUCCUCCGAGGACGAUUUUGUGAACCGGCUCUACCGCCGGUCCAGGGUAAUGGAGCACGGCUCAGUCAACUCCCCAAGAUGCCAAGCUGAAGGCUGCCACGCGGACCUGACCCACGCCAAACACUACCACCGCCGCCACAAGGUGUGUGAGUUCCACUCCAAGGCCUCCACAGUCAUCACCGCCGGGUUGACUCAGCGAUUCUGUCAACAAUGCAGCAGAUUUCAUCUUCUUUCGGAAUUCGACAACGGGAAGAGGAGUUGCCGGAAAAGAUUAGCUGACCAUAACCGGCGAAGGCGAAAAUCCCAGCAACCAAAUCAAGAACCGAGCAACAAGUCUCUACUCGACAGUACUGCCGGAAAUUCUUCCUCUGAGAACCUCACAAGGUCUCCACCAGAUUCCGGGACUCACUCUUCAUUGCUCACGGCUGCGACUUCACCGCCAAGAAUUUCACUGGAUUUUAGCCAAAGAUCAUAUCAGGAUUACCUAGACCUAGUAGAAGAUGAAUUUGACAUAUUUUAG